CUGAUUGCAAAACAGACAGACACCAACCAUUUAAUCAGGAUUGUUCGCCUACAGGCAACCACGCCUUGGCAGGACCAUGCAAGCCACAAGCACUUCUCAUUUGCGGCCUUCCUCUACUGUUUCCAAGCCUAGCCGCUUUGGCCAGCCAGCAGUGCCAAAUGCCUGGAAUCUUGCGCCCAUCCAUCUGCGUGUUCCCGCGGGCUUGUUGAAGUCGAAAAGCGGCAACUCAAAGGAAAACAUAAGAACGAAUGCUGGCAAAGACAUUACGACAACUCCCUGGGCAGGCCCACCGCAGCAGCCCCCCCGCCGCCCCGACUCCCACAAACCCGCACCCCCGCCCUCCCCCAUCUCGGGCAGCGGCGACGGCCCCUCCCUGGACAUGAGCGCCGGCAUGGCCUCCCUCAUCGCCCUCAACGGCGUUAUCUUUGCGGGGGCCGCUUUCGCGAAGCUUCCACUGCUGGCGGGUCUAGCGCUGUACAAUGCGGGGGGAGCCUGGUGGCAGUUUGUCACCUCUGCGUUCGUACAUGCCAACAUGGCGCACCUCUCACGCAACAUGUUCCUGCUGUGGCUGUGGGGCAGCGUGCUGCGGCGGGAGGUCGGCGGGCCGGGCGUGUGGUUCGCGUACGUGCUGUCAGCGCUAGG